AUGCAAUGCACAUCCCUGACGGUUUCUUCCACUCAGACGAUAAAGUGCGUGGUCGUCGCCAUUUUAUACUGCCAGUUACCAGUUACCAGCAGCUCCAGUUCCUGGCCUGAGCAAAGAGCUGGUACAUUGACGGCACCUUCCAGCUGUGCAGACAACCAUUCACCCAGCUCCCAAUCAUCAACGUGUCCAUAAAACACGAGGAUCUUGCCAAACAAGUGCCGCUAUUAUUCAUACUUAUGUCAGGGAGGAAGAAGAACAACCACUGCAAAAUCUUCAAGCAGCUUCUGGAGAUCCUGGUAUCAGCCCCAGCCACAGAGCAGAUCACCUUAGACUUCGAGACAGCAGUGUGGGCAGCCCUGAAAAAAGUGAUGCCACAGGCCAAACUGCAGGGAUGCAUGUUUCAUUGGACGCAGGCUCUAUGAGGAAAAGUGAGGUAACAUUUCAUUAAAAUUGACAAUAACAUCCGAUCAUUUUAAUUUGGCCAGCAUUACAAGGUAAUAAAUUUUAAAAAAAGCAAAAACUACCAAUAUUAAUUGAAAUCACAACUACUGAGAGAAUUCAAAACUUUGGUUAUUUAAAAAAACUACUAAUUUUAAUUGAAAUCACAUAUGCUGAAGAUUGGAUAUUAAAAAUAUAAAUGGUAUAGCUAAAUUGCAAUCCAUUUUGUUUUUUCCAAAGGUACAAGAAUUGGGUAUACAGAGUGCCUACAGCCAUGAUCAAGGUACCUUCCACUUCAUAAGAAAGAUGCCAGCGCUGCCCUUCCUGUCAGAGAACGAAAUCUGGCCAAUGUUUAACUGCCUCUAG